UUAUAUACAAUGACUACACCAGUGUUUCAGCAUUUUACAUGAACCCAAAUUUAUCCACUGUGUGCUUUCUUUACAGUAAAUAUGACAGUUAAAAGUUUAAAAAAUAACUACAUUAUAUAUAUGCUGCUUUGUUUACAUUUGAACGAGGUAGCGCUGCAUUUAAAUCAGGGUGCAGACAGUUCUGCACAGUGUCUUACAGAUUUCAACAAGACAACAGGACUACUUGAAACUAGCAGGACAUCGAGAUUAAUCUCAACGUUAACCUUUCAACAAAAUCCAAAGAACCCAAGAUUUUUCAGACUUCUGGGACAAGAUCAAAAUGUACUUUCAAAGUUCAUCCUCAUCUUCAUCCUCAUCCUCAUCCUCAUCCUCAUCCUCAUCUUCCUCCGAGGGGAGUAUCGCAUGGCAGGGUUUCGAAUGGACAACAGGCUACACGGUGGUGAAAGAACUGAGAGAUGGAGGCUUUGGAAGAGUGCUGGACUGUGUGAAAAACAACACUGAAGAGCACGUGGCUAUAAAGAUGCCCACAUGGAACAAUCUAGACCAUGAGGCAGAAAUCCUGAAAAAGCUCAUGAGCCACAAUUCAAAGGAGUCCAACAUCAUUGAAUACAAAGGAGACGUCUUCUUCGAAGAUAAGCGGCUCCUGGUGCUUGAGAAAUUGGACAUCGACCUGUGGGACUACGUGGAGAAUUUCGCACAGCCAAUGCGAAUGGAACACGUCCGUACAGUUAUUCAGCAGAUGGCUGUUGCUUUGAAUGCAACAAAGAGUGCUGGCAUAAUCCACUGUGAUGUGAAGGAGGAUAACAUCAUGAUGGUGGAUCAUGUGAAGCAGCCCUUCAAAGUCAAGCUGAUUGACUUUGGUUUGGCCAAGUACAGAUCCGAAGCCGAAGCAGGAGAGCUAUUCCAAGUACUUGAAUAUAGAGCUCCAGAAAUCACCCUGGGCCUGCCGUAUUCAGAGGCCAUCGACAUUUGGUCCUUAGGCUGCGUGAUGGCCUGGAUGAUGACUGAAGAUAGUCUCUUCGGAUCAGGCUCAGACUCAGAAUACUUUACACUCCGACGCAUGAUCCGUCUGCUGGGUCUGCCGCCGCAACAUCUCAUCGAUGCUGGCCGGAGAUCACCAUUAUUUUUUCAGAAAAAGUCUAAUGGUUUGUGGCGGCUGAAGAGAGUAUUUGAGACCGAUCUCGUCCACUCCGACCCCACGGUUUACAAGUUGGACUCUCUGGAUGAAAUGAAAACGGUGUCCUCUGAGACGGACAACCCAGCAGAGGCUGAUGAGAGGAGGGAGUGCAUGGAGCUGCUGAAGGCGAUGCUUCAGUGGGAUGAGGACGACAGAAUCACCCCCAGUGGUAUCCUCAACCAUCCUUUCAUCACCAAAAACUACCUCAACAGCAGCUCCCCCACCAGGAGUUGCGAUGAACCUAAACCCUCCACCAGCAAGUUCAUCAUGGUUAAGCCUGCAGACCCAGAAAACAGAAUUAACCUGACAGGCUUGCCUGAUGAGGACGAUGACCUUAAGAGCAGUGAGCAUGAGGACAGUGACGACGCUGACACUGCCGAAGACACCGAGGACAGCAAGGAUGGUUAUGAUUAUGAAGACACUGAAGUCAAUGAGAAGGAGCAGAGAAAGACAAAGAAGAAGAAGAAGAACUGCUUCCAACGUGUCUUCUCUUGGAUUAAGAAGAAGUUCUGCUGCUGCCGUGUGUCCGAUGUGAUGAACUGA